GCGUGUAAGUUUUCAAGAGCUGGUGAUAGAAAAAUAAGAAGGGUACCAUAGAGAGAGAGAGAGAGGGGUUGCCCAGAAACAGCAACACCUGAUGGCCAACCGUUUUGUCUCUCCAAAAAAACUCCUCAAAACUAGCCUCCGCCCUCUCAACUCCGCCUCUCCCUCCUCCAUCACCGCCGUCUCUCCCCUCAACUUAGACGAAAAACCCACCAGCCCCUUGUCAAACUCAAUCAUCAAUCUUGAUGACACCAAGUCCCUCUUCUCCUCCCACUCCACCACAAAGCUCCUCCGGUCGGCUAUCAACCUCCAUGCGGCCGCGGCCGACCCGGCGGUCGAUCUAGGCACGUGGGUCAUGAACUCUAAGCUCAUGGACACGGGUUUGCUGCGCGGGGUGAUUCGGCACACGUUCUUUGAACAAUUUUGCGCUGGUGAGAACCCGGCCGAGGCGUGCAGGAAAGUCGGCGAGAUUUGGGAUUCUGGGCUUAGAGGGAUGCUGAAUUACGCGUUGGAACAUGCGGGUGAUAACGAGUCGUGUGAUCGGAAUUUGGAUGGGUUUCUUCGGACGGUUGAAGCCGCGAAAUCGCUCCCUCCAUCUUCUGUAAGCUGUGUGGUAGUGAAGGUCACAGCAAUUUGCCCCGUUGGUUUGCUCAAGAGAGUAAGCGAUCUCCUGAGAUGGGAAUACAAAAAUGAAUCUUUCCAACUUCCAUGGAAGCUCGACACUCUUCCGAUUUUCUCCGAUUCAAGCCCAUUUUAUCACACACCAAGAAAGCCAGACCCUUUAACACCAGAAGAAGAGCAAAACCUCUGCUUAGCCCAUCAAAGACUGCAAAAAGUUUGCGAGAAAUGCUUAGAAGCCAAUGUCCCCAUGGUAAUUGAUGCAGAGGACACCUGUGUUCAACCCUCGAUCGAUUACUUCACAUAUUCCACCGCAAUCAGGUACAACAAGGACGAUAACUCUAUCGUUUACGGGACGAUUCAAUCUUAUUUGAAAGAUGCCAGAGAAAGAUUGCACUUGGCUUCAAGUGCCGCGGAGAAAAUGGGAGUGCCGAUGGGGUUUAAGUUGGUGAGGGGAGCUUAUAUGUCUAGUGAAAGGAAACUAGCUGCUUCUUUGGGAGUGGAGUCCCCUAUCCACGACACUAUUGAUCAAACACAUGCAAGUUUUAAUGACUGUGCCUUUUUCAUGCUUGACAAGGCCGCGAAUGGCUCAGGCGCUGUCGUUCUUGCAACCCACAAUUUCGAAUCAGGAACCAAGGCAGCAGCGAAAGCGCGAGAACUGGGAAUCGAAAAGGAAAAACAGAAGCUUCAAUUCGCUCAGCUGUACGGAAUGGCUGAUGCACUUUCCUUUGGCCUGAGAAAUGCUGGGUUCCAAGUUAGCAAGUACAUGCCUUUUGGUCCUGUGGAGCUAGUUAUGCCUUACCUUCUUAGGAGGGCUGAAGAAAACAAGGGGCUCUUAUCUGCAUCCACCCUUGACAGACAACUCCUGAGGAAGGAGUUGAAAAGGAGACUGAAAGCUGCAAUUGUUUGAGGUUUGAAAUCGAAGGCGAUUAGUUUCAAGGAACCAGCAAGCUGGAAACUUGAUCAGUAUUGUUACAAGUAUAAAUAAGAACAAGCCUCUGUGUAAUGCUGUGAUGAAAUCUCUUUGUACAUGCCCGUUUGGAGUUAUGAAUGGAUUUUUCGAUUUUCAAAAUAAAGAAGAAGAAGAAGAAGAAGGAUCGUUGUAGCCGGUUCCAAAUACUGAGAAGAUUUCUCUCAUAUGAUCUUUAUGUGACACAAAAUAAAACUCAUUACGAUUUCAUCUAA